AUGGCACCAUCCUUCCUUGUAACUGGACUUGCUCUUAUACUUUUCCUCCCGACUGCCCAGUUACUGUCAGCUGAGCUGAAGUUUGCCGACCAGACCCACUUCAGAGUGCAUGAAACCAGUCAAACUGUUGUGCGCCUUGUAGUGGAAAGGGUGGGAGACCCUGUGAAUGUCACUGCACUUGUUCUGCAAGAGGGUGAGGAUACAGGGGACUUUGAGGCCACUACUGCUGCAGUUUUUCUUCUUACAACUGAGAAAAGAAAGACAAUCUUCAUUGCUGUCCGGGAUGAUGACUUACCUGAAGCUGAUGAAACAUUUGUCUUUAGCCUUAAAAUGCAGGCCUCAUCUAAUGGUGUUACCAUGGGAACUCCUAACCAGGCUACAAUCACCAUUCUUUCUAAUGACAAUGCCUUUGGAAUCAUCUCCUUCAACUCAACCUCUCUGGUGACUGUGAGUGAACUGCAAGGCAGAAACCAGAAUGUCCUUUUUUCUCUGAUCCGUGAGAAGGGAACCUAUGGGACUGUUACUGUGAUCUUUGAGAUAACUGGUGGCCCAUACCCUGCAAUUGAAGACCUGAGUCCAGACAGAGGCAACAUCACAUUCCUUCCUGGACAGGCUAAAGUGGUAUUCAGUAUUAUAAUACAAGAUGACAAGAUCCCAGAAGAUGAUGAAAGGUUCACGGUGCAGCUGACAGAAGCACAAGGUGGCGCACUCUUAAACCCUAACCGCAGCAGCAUCGACAUCCUUAUAUCCCGUAACGAUGCACCAAUCCGUAUGUCUCAGCCUUACCUGGCUGUACCAGAAACUGACGCUAUCAUCAACCUCACCAUCACCCGCGGACUCGCUGAAGAUGACCAACCCAUCGGCUCUGAUGAACAUGAGGUCUCCAUUGCGUACAUGGUUGUCAGUGGCAACAGUUCUACCAAUAUGGCCACUGCUGAUGUGGAUUUUGAGGAUCUCCAGUUAAAGCAAGUAGUGGUUUUCCCUGCCGGAGUCCACAAAGUCCAGUUGCGUUUCAGGAUCGUUAAUGACAACAUGCCAGAAAUUGCGGAGUCCUUCCGAGUGGUCCUCUUGGAGAACUCGCUGCUGGGGGAUGCUGUGCUGGUGGCACCAAGCUCUGCCCAGAUAAUCAUUGAACCCAAUGAUAAGCCCCAUGGGGUUCUGUCAGUCAGCACCCUGGCAACAAAUGGUCCAAUUAUUGUCAAUGAGGACAUCACCAUGAAAUUUGAAGAGAUUAUUGUUGUGAGAAAUGGUGGUACACAUGGCCAUAUCACAGUGAACUUUACCGUGACCAGGAAUGUGAGUGAUGAGUCAUCUGUGACAGAUGAUCUGAGUCCUGCCUUUGGGGUUUUGCAUUUUGCAGCUGGCCAGAAGACGUCGGUCAUUUCCUUCAACAUUAAUCAGGACGACCUCCCAGAAGAAGCUGAGGUCUUUCUCCUCAGGCUGUUGCCUAAAUCAGUACAAGGUGGAGCAGAGGUGGAUAAACCAAUGGAGAUUAUCUUCUAUCUGCAGGACAGUGACGACGUAUACGGUCGCUUCAUGUUCCAUCCCAAUAAGAGUCAGCAGAUUCAGAGUGAGCCCAGUGGACGCUUCCUGUCCCUCAGUUUCUUGCGUCAGGGAGGCUCAGUGGGGAGAGUCCAGCUGACCCUCAGUGUUCUCUACCAACCUAAUCGGCCCAUCGACUCCGUCCUGGACGGGGUGCUGAAUGGCAGCAGUGUCUCCAGGGUGCUGUUUGAGCCAGGGCAGCAUUUGGCUAAAGUAAUAUUGCCUAUACGGAAUGAUGCCUUCUUGCAAAAUGGUGCCCACUUUCUCAUUGAGAUGAUUUCUGUGCAACUGGACAACAUAAGACCCCCUGUGCCAUCGAUUAGCCCUCGUUUUGCUGGUGCUGUCAACAUAAGCCUCAUAGUCACUCCAGAAAUCGCUACUGGAGAGAUUGGGUUUACCAGUAACCUGACGGUGGUGUUACUGGAACCAGAAGACACCAACAGCAGUUUGGUGACCCUUUCACUUCGUCGGGAUGGAACAGAAGGGCAGGCUGAGGUGUUCUGGAAUCUGCACCCAACUGGAGAAAAUUAUAUAGAUUUGACCCCUGAUGACAUUUCACCCUUCAGUGGUUCAGUCAUAUUCCAGGCAGGGCAGAGUGAUGCAGUAAUCAAUAUCACUGUUUUGGCUGACGACAUCCCUGAGAUUAAUGAAACUGCUUUUCUCACUCUAGACAGGGCAAAUACAAAGAACCAAAUUCUAAAGCCUGGCUUUACCACUCGUGAGAUUGUCAUAUUGGAGAAUGAUGAUCCUGGAGGAGUCUUUGAGUUUUCAGCAAGUUCCAGAGGACCAUGGACUAUCAAUGAGGGUGAAACAGUAGAGCUAACUGUGGUACGUUCACAUGGAGAACUAUUGAGACAGCUUAUUCGCUUUACGUUGGCACCCUUGGGAACUGAAGAAUUCUAUGGUGCCACAGGCAUUCUAGAGUUCCAGCCAGGCGAGAGAGAAGUGAUGGUAGCACUGGUGGCCAAGCAAGAUGGCGUGCCUGAGCUGGAUGAGUUUUUCUCUGUGGUACUAAGCAGUCACAGCACCCCUGCCAGUCAUCUUGGAAGCCACAGAGAGGUCAACAUUACUGUUCGUCAAAAUGAAGAUCCUUUUGGGGUCAUAGAGUUUGGCCAACCUGGGUUGUCAUUCUUUAUCAAUGAAAGCAGUGCCACAAAUUCUUAUUCAGCCUCUUACCCUAUUGUGAGGAAGAGGGGCACAUUUGGGAACGUAUCUGUUGCGUGGGUCAUUGAACCUAAUACAUCAGAGGAUGUCAGACCAAUGCACGGACAUAUUGACUUUUCAGAGGGGGAAUACGUAAAAAACCUCACACUCUUUUCUGCACCUGAUGAGGUUCCAGAGGACAUGGAAAACUUUACUAUUUCUCUCCUGCAUGCAACUGGUGGUGCGCGACUUGGAAACAAUCGGAAUGCAACCUUACAGAUCUAUGAAAAUGAUUACCCAAUUUACUUUGCAGAGCCUCUUGUUGUUAUAGUUGCAGAAGGAGAAACGGCUCAUUUCUCUCUUCUGAGGGCAGGGCCAGCUGAUACUACUGCAACUGUAAUGUAUCGAUUUGCCUUUGGUGGCGCUUCACCUGAUGAUGUCAUUCCUUUAAGCAACGACUCACUUGUUCCAUUUAAUGUUGGAGAGCGGAUGAAAACCAUCUCCUUCAUGGUGGAGGAUGAUGAUAUUCCUGAAACUGAUGAACUCUUGUACAUAAUUUUGUUUAAUGCAACAGGAGAUGCAGUGGUCUAUGAAAACCACACCGGGACCAUUGUAAUUGAGGCGAAUGAUGAUGCCAAUGGGAUCUUCUUCCUUGAUUCCUCUGAGAAGCCUGUAGAGGAGGGCAAAACAAACAACUUCUAUGUUUUGAGAGACAAGGGACACUUUGGCAACGUUACUGUAUUCUGGCAACUCUUUGCAAAUGAUACCCCUCUUCAGCCUGGAAUGGAGUUCAGCAACACAUCAGGCUCUCUAGUGUUCACUACGGGGGAUGCCAUCAAGCCCAUCAUCUUAGAGGCGAUAUCUGAUAAACUCCCAGAGUUCAUUGAGUUCUAUGUUCUGAUGCUUGUAAACAUUUCAGGUGGAUACCCUAGGGAAGGUGGUCAGUUAGCUGCAGCAAACCUCAGUACGUCAGUCAUCAUACCAUUCAACGAUGACCCUUUUGGAGUGUUCUUUUUCUCCGAAGAACACAUGGACCAAGCUGUUGCAGAAGACGUUGUGUCUGAUGAUGACAUGUCAAACACCGUCUCCUUAACUGUUCUCAGGCAGCAGGGAACAUUUGGAAAGGUGUCUGUUGUAUGGGAAAUCCUGUCUGGAGAUUUCCCUAAUGGCUUGCCUCCUAUGAAGGACCUUCUUUUAUUGGCCUCCUUCCCACAGUCAGUGGAGGUCCAACCUCCUGGUAGAGGCCAUUAUGCAGGCACUGAUGCCUUAUUCUUUUCUGGUCUCCAAGGAGCCUAUGGGGCCAUUGACGCUAAUGUUCCGUUAUUAGACGGACUCCACAGCCUUGUCAAUUUCAGCGUAUCAGUCUGGCUAAUGCCUCAGGACAAUACCAAUGGAUUUAUUUUCUCCAAAGGCGACAGUAAUGGAACCCUUUAUUAUGGAGUUAAAAUCAGUGUAAAUGAGUCAUUUCUUAAUGUGAUGCUCUUCUACGUGGCUGUUGGGUCAAACAGAACUCAAGUAGAGAAGGCCACUAUAAGCAAAUCUGUCGGGGACAACACAUGGAUCCAAAUUGUUAUCACAGUAGACGAUGGGAUUGUUCUUUUUUUUUUGGAUGGAAGCCCAAUUCCAGAUGGAAUAAAAAGCCUUAACGGGGAGGCAAUAAUUGACGUGACUGCACCAGUUCAUAUAGGCUCAAACCCGGUUGGGGAGGAGCGUUACCAGGGCCUGAUGCAAGACCUGCGGCUAUACUCUUCCUCUUUGAAUUAUACCACAAUCAGGGAGCUCUAUGAUCAGCCAGCCAGACAUGACCUACAAAUUGUCUCCGGUUACCUUGAAUACCAACAGGACGAGAGUGAGAAAACCAUAUUGGUGGAGGUGCUUGAUGACCAGGACACAGAGGGGGAGGAGUUAUUCUACCUGCAGCUGGUUAGUGUCCGUGGAGGUGCUCGCCUUCCUAUGCCACACCCCACAGCCAUCCUCCGGGUGCAGAAAAGUGACAGCGCCAAUGGGCGAUUUGGAUUCUCUGGGAACUGCAUACCUGAGAUAUCAGAGGAGGGAUCUGUCAUAUCUUGUGCCAUCGAGCGCAUUCUUGGAACCCUGGAUUAUGUUUAUAUAAACUACACUCUUAUUCAGAUCGAUUCAACUGAUGUUACCUCAGACUUUGCCAACUCAACUGGUGUAGUUGUUUUUCAACCUGGACAGCGUUCUGAGGUCUUGAACUUGCUGGUGUUGGAUGAUGACAUUCCAGAGUUUGAGGAGCGUUUCCAGGUCAUCCUGGUCUCUGCUGCCUCCAGUGACGGGUUGCCUGGUACAACCCCUACAAGUGGAGCGAGCAUUGACCCUGAAAAUGCUGUCAACGUGAUUACAAUCAAGUCCAGCGAUUAUCCAUAUGGGCUGAUGCAGUUCCAAACGGACUUAUUACCGGCUGGAAUGAUCUUACCAGCUCCCAAGGAUGCACGUAUAAUUGUGAAAGAAGAGGAUGGUAUAGCCCAUGUAAUGGUGGCCAGAGCACAAGGCUUAACAGGAGAAGUUAUUGUCGGAUACCGCACCAUUCCUUUAACGGCUAUCAGUCCAGGGGAUUACAAGGAUGUGAAUGGAACACUAGUAUUCAAACAAGGACAGAGAUAUAAGUACAUAAACGUCACCAUCAUUGAUGAUCAAGUGCCUGAGCUCGAGAAGGUGUUCAGAGUGGAGCUCCACAGUCCAGUUGGUGGAGCCAGCCUGGGUGCUGCCUCGACCAUCACUGUGACAAUUGCUGCUUCCGAUGAUGCACAUGGAGUAUUUCAAUUCAGUGCCAAUUCACUGUCAGUUAAUGCCACAGAGCCAGAGCAGAGCCACAGCACGGUGACCAUGCAGGUGAUGCGCUCCUUUGGCGCGCUGUCUGACGUGACAGUGUUCUGGGAGGUAGAGCCGUCUGCAAAGCAAGAGCUGUUGCACAUCACUGGGAACUUGACCUUCAGUUUUGGUCAAAUGGUGUCAGACAUUGUUUUACAGGUCUUACAAGAUGAAAUCCCUGAACUAGAUAAGACCUUCCAAGUGAUCCUAUCGAACGUCUCCCAUGGUCGCUUAGGGGAGAGGUUGGUUGCAUCCCUGACCAUAUUGGCAAGUGAUGAUCCCUACGGGCUCUUUGUGUUCUCUGAGGACAACCGUCCAGUACGGAUAUCUGAGGCCAACGUUACGGUCACCCUCACCAUACAGCGUCAAAAAGGUCUCGUUGGGACGGUGAGGGUGAACUACCAAACUCUAAAAGAGACAGAUGCCGCCCCAUUCCACACACCAGGUGUGGGCCGAGCCACUGAAGGCAGUGACUUCAUUCCCAUUAGGUCAUCAGUGACAUUUGUACCCAAUCAGAGUGAGGCGAAUGUUACCUUACAGGUUCUAGAUGAUGAAACACCAGAAAGGGGGGAAUCUAUCUUCGUAAAGCUGGUCAGCGUCCUUCUCAUGAAGGGAGCACAAGAUCGCCCAAUUUCACCUAGUCUUGGAUCAAGAAUUGACACUGUGGCCCAAGUUAUAAUAAAACCCAGUGAUGAUGCAUUUGGAAUGCUGCAGCUGUCUGUGUCUGCCGUGAUGGUGAAGGAAUAUUAUACUGGACCCAUUAUCAACGUGACACGUGUUGGGGGAAUCUUUGCGGAUGUGUCUGUUAAGUUCAUAGCCGUGCCAAUAACUGCCACAUUUGGUGAAGACUUCAGCAUUGCCUCGUCUGAUGUGGUUCUCCUGGAGGGGGAGACCAGUAAGCCCGUGCCCAUCCUGAUCAUAAACGACAAGGAGCCUGAGUUGGAAGAAACUUUCCGCAUUCAGUUGCUCAACCAGACAACAGGGGGCGCACAACUGGGUGUCCCGACACAAGCAAUUAUCACAAUUCUGCCAUCUGAUGACCCCUUUGGGUCUUUUGGUAAGUGUUUCCAGACAGAUGAGAUUACCAUUGAAGAGCCUGAACUUCGUCCAGUUGAGAUCUCAUUGCCUAUUGUGAGAAAAGCUGGGUCAAUGGGCGAAGUGACUGUGCAGUGGCAGGCCACAGUCAAUUCACAAGAAGCUGUGGCUGAUCUCUUACCUUCAUCUGGAGGAGUAAGCUUUGCAGCAGGCGAAACAAUAAAAAUCUUAAAGGUUGAAGUCCUUCCUGAUGAUGUUCCAGAGAUCACAGAGAUAGUCAAGUUGAAACUCAUUGGUGCCACUAAUGGAGGGAGCAUUGGAGCAGAGAGUAUUGCCAAUAUUAUCAUCCCAGCCAAUGACCACCCUUAUGGAACUGAUAUUCACUUUGAUCAGUCUGUCUACCGUGUGUGGGAACCUUUACAAGGAGCCUAUAUUGCUAACAUCACUGUGCGAAGAAAUGGUGGUCUUUUUGGUCGUCUGAAGAUCCUAUACAGCACAUCAGAACUUGAUGUGGUGAGCAUCGCUCGGAUGAGGGGACAUGAUCUUUUGAUGCAUUAUGAUCCUCCUGUCAGAGGGGCUUAUCCUAGUGCCACACCCAUAUCAGUCAGUGUCAACUCCUCUCCAAACCCCCUCAGCACCUGUGCUGAAGUUUGCCUGCUGAAACAGACUUGUAUCGCUUUCUCCCUCACCAACACCUCCACUGGUUCCGUCUCGUGUGUCUGGGUGAACACAGGGAAACUAAAUCCUAACCCCCAAACCAUCACCUAUAUCAAAAACAGAACGUCUGUUGCGUCACUGUUGAGUUCCCAGGCCCGCGCUGGAACCGAUUACACUCCUGUGAUUGGCCAGACAGCCAUCAUGGCCGAUGGCUCUGGAGAAGCAAACCUAACAGUGGCAAUCCUCACUGACUCACUAGCGGAGAUGGACGAAAGUUUUAACAUACAUAUCCUCAGUGUCAGCCUUGUCAAUAUGACAGUGGAAGAGAAGAACCAACCGACUGUGGGACAACCAGAUUCAGCCCUGGUGACCAUUAAUAUGAAUGGCGAUGCGUUUGGAGUAUUUGUGCUGCACAUCCUCCACCCUAAUGCGACAGAGGACGGCCUGUACCUAGAGAUAAGAGAGGAGCCACAAACGUCGGUCCUCCUGGUCAUUGAGAGGACGGGCGGGGCUUUGGGAAGAGUGACAGUGGAGUGGAAACAUGUCGGAGGCAGUGCAAGCCCCAAUCUGGAUUUCACUGGAACUGGUGAAACGCUUGCAUUUGUAGAUGGUGAUGUGAAAAAGACCAUAAGAAUCCUCAUCACUGAUGAUGAUGAGCCGGAGGGAAAUGAAACCCUAGUCAUUGGCCUGGUCAGAACAGAGGGAGGCAGCCGUAUCCUGCCUGGCUCCGAUUCCAUCACCAUACUCAUUCUUGCCAAUGAUUUUGCUGCUGGAAUUGUGGGAUUCAGCAACACUUCCAGAUCAGUCACUACACGAAAAGGUCACAGGCUGACUCUACAUGUGGACAGGACAGCUCCUGGAAUUGGAAAUGUUACUGUUAACUGGAAAAUCCUUGGUGCCGAUGUCUCUCUAACUUUCACUGAAACUUCAGGACAACUCUUCUUCCCUGAAGGCAUGCUGAGCAACACAGUUAUUCUACAACUGUUUGAUGAUAAAAUUCAAGAACAGAGGGAAGUUUAUAGAGUGAUUCUCUCCAACAUUUUGACUAAAGGGGUUGUGUCCAGCGGAAGGGCUAUCCUGUCCCCAGAGGGCAGAGAAGCAGUAGUGAGUGUGGAGGCUGAUGAUACGCCUGAGCCUGAGGCCACGGUGUUGACCAUUCUGCCCUCUUCUCGACGGGUGACUUCGCCUGAGGAGGACAUUACUCUGCACGUUGUCGUCAGACGGGUGUCGGGGGCCUCAGGAGCGGUGCAAAUCAGCUAUGCUACUGUGCGUGGCUCCUUGACAAACCUAACUGAUACGGGUUUGGCUCAGCCUGGAGAGGACUUCCAGCCACUCGAUGGUUCCAUCAUACUUCCAGACAGCCAGACAUCAAUAUCCAUUCCCAUAAGAAUUAUAGAUGAUGACAUACCUGAAUUACAGGAAGUAUUCCUACUCAAGAUAACGUCUGCUGUGCUCCUAACCUCACUUACCAAUCUAGACAUUCAUGGUCUUGUGGCAGAAAUCAUCAUUGAAGCUAAUGAUGGGAUCCAAGGUGUUAUGAACUGGCAGAGUAUCAGUUUUGAAGUGAAUGAGACAGUGGGACUGCUGAGACUCGUGGCCUAUAGAGAUGUGGGAGUCUAUGGGAAUGUUUCUAUAUCCUACUAUACCCAGAAUCUAGAAGCCCAGUUGGGACAGGAUUUCAACACCACUCCCUCAGUCUUACACUUUGCCCAUGGAGAGAGAUUUAGGUUCAUUGAGAUUGAAAUUUUAGAUGAUUCUCUCCCAGAGGGGGAUGAGCAGUUCCUGGUGAUACUAACCAACCCCUCUCCUGGUUUGGAGCUGGGUGCCAAUGUUUCAGCGACAGUGACCAUCUUGACUAGUGACGACGGCCAUGGAGUAAUAUCCUUCAACAACAGUGAACACUUUUUACUGAAGGAGCCAACGUUUAAGGCUGGGAUCAGCGAGAGUGUAGCUGUGCUUUAUGUAUUCAGAAACCCACCAGAAGGGACCUUUGGCACGGUCAGUGUUCAGUUUUCGGUCACUGACAACAAUGGUUCACUUAACACCAAUGAUCUAACGCCCUCAGAGGGUAUUGUGGUGCUGGAGGAUGGAGUCAGAUUUCAGGUCCUAGAGAUUUGGGCAGUUCUAGAUGAAGAACCAGAGACAAAUGAGACAUUCAUUGUGACGCUGUUUAAUCCAACGGGUGGUGCAAGACUCGGGAAAGCUGUGCAGAUCUCCAUCACAGUUUUGGAGAACAAAGCCCCCCUCAGCCUUUUUAGAAUAUCAACAUCUGACAGUGGGCAAGUCAUUUUCAUGGAAGUAGAAGAGGGGGAUACGGUGUAUCUAACGGUUUCCUGCAGCGGCAGUGUAGACACGAUCAUGAGUGUGGAAUGGGAGACAACACCCAACUCUGCUGUUGGCAUGUAUGAUGUUUUGGCUCUACAUACAAGCCAGACCCAGGCAACUCUGUAUCGCUGGGUGGGCGUCCUUGUGCCAGUAGAGUCUGUCAUAAUACAGGGUCCAAGUAAAUGUGUGGGAUUCACUGUAAAUGGUACAUCAUAUGUGGCUGUUUCCCAUGGAAAUGACACUCACUCUCCCAGUAUAAACAUCUUCAGACUGCAAUCUGAUUUCAACUUAAUUCUGGAGCAAACAUUUGCUGGUGGGUCUCUUGAAAUGGAAUAUUUUUCAUGGAACUUGCAGGCAUAUUUGAUGGUGUCAAAUCAGGUAUUCAUGCAGACUGCAGGUUCUUUUUCCCUCCACCAUCUGCUGGAACUACCUGAUGUGUCUGGCCUGUCAGUCUUCCUCCGCCAUACCACUUUGUAUCUCAUUGCAUGCUCCAGCACAGCAUCUUCUAGCUGCUUCCUUUUCAUAUGGGUUGAAGGACACUUCCAGGACCCAAGACCUCUAAGUGUUGUCAUUACAGCAAAGCAAGUGGAAGUCUUGUCUGUAGGGGGAGAUACUAUUCUCCUGCUAAGCACUGAUGGACUUUCUCCUAUGUGUGAGGUACAUGUGUGGGGAUCUAGGCAUGACUUCUUCCAGCACACUCAGACAAUAUCUCUUUCUGACCUGGUCUCCAUGCAAGCAUUUACAACCCCAUCUGGGAGUGCUUACUUGGCUCUGGCUGCCGCCUCUGGCUCUCAACUAUACUCCUGGAGAACUGAUCUAGCACAGUUCGUCACAACACUCAGCACCUCGCCAGCAGAGCAGUUCUUUUUCUUCUCUGUCCCCUCUCUUAAUACCACCAAGAGCCUUGUCAUCGCCACCAGCCAAUCAUACUCCAUUAUCUAUGACCUGAUAUAUGUGUCCAACCAUUCAGACUUCAUACCCAGUUUUGGAGAGCUGCAGUUCCACCCUGGUGUCCAGCAGCUGGAAAUUGCUGUAAAUAUAAUUAAUGAUGACCUCCCAGAAGCUAUGGAACGCUUCAACAUCAAGCUGAAGAACCCAAAAGGAGGAGCGGAGAUUGGAUUUGGGGGUCAAGUGUCUCUUAGCAUCUCUUCCAAUGAUGACGCCCAUGGUAUCAUUGGUUUCACAAAGGACUCUCUGUUCAGAGAAGUAGAAGAACUGAAGAAAGAUACUCCCCUAGUUCUGAAAUUGGAGAGAAAUAGAGGGACAUUUGGGAGCCUGAUUGUGUACUGGAGAAUUAAUGGAAGCCUGGACGAUAUCUUCACUACCUCUGGCAUGUUGACCUUUUUAGAGAACCAAGCUCUGGCUGACAUUGUUCUGACCGUGCUUGCUGACAACAUCCCUGAACCUGCAGAGAAAGUUAUUGUCAUUCUCACAGAUGUCACCACUGUGGGCUUAGUCGAUGUGUCCAGAGGCGCAUAUAUAGAUCUUCAACGCUCUAUAGCAGAGAUCAACAUUCUACCUGUUGUCUACUCCUAUGGGGUGAUUGGCUGGCAUUUGGAUUUCACACACAUACUUAUACAAGAACCUCAAGAAAAUCCCAUAAAUGUAACCCUGAGUAUUGUACGGGACCAAGGCACAAAGGGUGAUGUUUUUGUCCACUACAACACCUUUCCUGCCUUCACUCAGCCCCCAACUAAUCAAGCCAGUGAAAAUGAGGAUUAUGUGCCUAAGAAAGACACCAUCAUUAUGAGAGAAGGUGCCACUAAUGCUUGGGUGACGAUCACCAUUCUACCAGAUGAAAUUCCAGAGCUAAACGAAACUGUGCUUGUGAACAUCACAAGUGUUGAACUUGUGGACUGGACUGUGGCUGCUGGGCAGCCCAGCAUUAAUAGGCCGGGCCUAGAAGUGUCAGAGAUAACUAUCCAAGAGAAUGAUGACCCGCAAGGAGUCUUGGAGUUCAAUGUCACAAAGGAUGACACUGGGCGUGUGAUGGCCUAUGAAAUCCCUCCACCUGGAAAUGUCCUAUACCUCCCAGUUGUGCGGCGGGCAGGGAGGAUUGGCACAGUAGUCGCCUAUUGGGAAGUUGUACCUGUCUCUGCUGACUUUGAGGAUUUUAGUCCUGCUUCGGGGAACAUCACGUUUUAUAAUAAUCAGGGUGAUGGCAUUAUCAUAAUAACCAUUAUGGAUGAUGAUGUAGUUGAAUCUAUGGAGACGUUUGAAGUCGUUUUGAGCCAUGUGAUUGGUGGAGCCAGACUAGGGGAGGAGUCAUCAGUAGCAGUCAGCAUUGCUCCCAGUGAUUCACUUCUUGGGAGCUUUGGUUUUGAGGCACUCAUGGUAAAUGUCUCUGAGCCACAGUUUAUUGAUGACCCGGCAGCUGUGGCUACACUAACUGUGAUGCGCAGUCCUUCGGGUGAAGGGACUGUUCAUCUUGCAUGGUUUCUGGAAGAGGAAGGAUGGGAAGACUUGACUCCUCAUAAUGGCACGAUCACAUUCAAUCAGAUUGAGUCAAGAAAGACUCUGACACUUCAUGCUGUGGCUGAUACUAUUCUUGAGGGGGAGGAGAGAUUCUCUGUUCAACUUCUGGCCAUCACUGAUGAAGUCAUGAUUGAUCCAACAACUGGUGUGGCCACAGUUGUAAUUCAAGCAGAGAUUGGGGCCUUAGGAAUUGUUGGCAUAUUAGAAUCCUCGAAGAAUGUACUUAUUGGAGAACCAGAAGGAACGUACAAUGGCACAGCUGUGAUAAGUCUGGUGAGAGGCCCAGGGGUAUAUGGGGAUAUCGAGCUCUUCUGGAACAUCACUCCAACUGUGGCGUCUGAGUUUGAGCACACCUCUGGGAUAGUGUCAAUGAGAGACCAGCAGUCCGCUGCAACCAUCCUGCUGAAGGUACUUGAUGAUGACAUUCCUGAGAUGCGACGCUCCUACCAGCUCAUAGUCAGUGCUCUUAGCCCAGGGUCAGUGGUCAGCCCUGAUGAGCGAGUGGCCAACAUCACCAUGGCAGCCAGUGACCUGCCUUAUGGGGUCUUCUUCUUCUCCCAGAGCUCCCUACACGUAACUGAAAACAACAAUAAGGUGAAUGUGACUGUGGUACGCUCUGCGGGCUCUUUAGGGAGUGUGAUGUUGAAUUUCCUCACCUUCAAUGGCACUGCUGACGGUGGUCAGGACUUCGCUCCACUGUCUGGGCAGCUGCUGUUUGGGCCAGGUGAGACAUCACGAGAUCUAAUCAUGGAGAUUUUAGAUGAUGAGAUUCCAGAAGGUCCUGAGGAUUUCUACAUCAACAUCACUGAGGUGGCAGUGGUUAAUGGGAGUAACCUGGACUUCACAGUGAGAGAAAAUGGCCUCCAGACUGAUCAACCCCCAGCCAUAGGAAAUGUCUCCUCUAUAAUGGUUGUCAUUCUGAAAAACGACAAUGCAGAGGGUGUCAUUGAAUUUGACUCUGCUUAUGUGAACCUCACAGUUGAAGAGGACGUGGGUGUUGUGACCAUUCCUGUCCUGAGGAGAGUGGGCUCAUAUGGUCUGGUUAAAGUGAACUUAAUAUCCUACGGUCUGACCGCAAUGCCUGACGUAGACUACAUUAUCUCGCAUGACUCACUCACCUUCAUCCACGGCCAGGCCCUAAGUCAUGUCAACGUUUCCAUUGUGGAUGACUUGGAUCGGGAGGACAGUGAAGUUUUUGAAAUCCACCUCUCUGGUGCUACAGGAGGUGCUAUCUUGGGUAGUUACUUUAUUGCCCAGAUUACCAUUGGCAAAAGUGAUUCCCCCAGUGGUAAGGUGCACUUCCUGAAUGACAGUAAAAUUGUCAUGACCAACCCUGACACCACCAAAAGGAUUACCUUGUCUCUGGAGAGAGUUGGGGGUUUGGUUGGAAACGCUACAGUUGCCUGGGAAAUCCUUGGCCCCAAUUCUCAGGAGGUGUUACCAUCUAAUAAUUCAGACUUUGGUGAACCAGUAAAUGGAGUAUUUUAUUUUGGAGACGGAGAUGGAGAGCUUCGGUUUAUUUCAUUGCAAGUUUUGCCUCAUGGGGAAGUUGAGGUGGAGGAAACGUUUGUGGUUGUACUUCGCCUACUUGAAGGGGACAUGGACAUUGAUUCGAAAGCUAACAGCGUCAGAAUUGUGAUUAAAAAAUUUGGUGAUCCCAACGGCAUAGUGCAGUUUUCGGAGCUGGAUCUCUCGGAGCAGGUGUAUAAUGAACCCACAGACAGUGAGGGACCACUCACCAUCUCCCUGGGCCUCACCCGCAGAGAGGGCGUUAUGGGCAAUGUCACGGUAUUCUGGAAAAUUGUCAGUAACUUUGAUGCGAGCACCGACUUCUCCACUUUGAGUGGUAGUGUCUCGAUGCUGGCUGGCCAACGUGUGGCAGCGGUGCUGCUGAUCCUGCUGCCUGAUGACGUCCCCGAGCUGGAGGAACUGUACACCGUCCAGCUCACCGCUGUGGAGGGUGGAGCUGAACUGGACACCAACCGUAGUGUCGUCCACCUCAGAGUAAAUGCCAACGAUGAACCCUAUGGAGUGUUUGCCAUCUAUUCGGAGCAUCAGCAGAUUGUAGUGAGGAACCAGACAGAUGGACAUAACAGGCACAUUGUCCUGAAUGUGACAAGGCAUGGAGGUACUUUUGGAAAUGUUAGUGUGGAAUACGAGGUAAGAUAUGCUGUUGUAGGGCAAACUGUUGCAGAGGAUGGAGGAAAGGUGAAGGGAAGCGUUGUGGUAAUGGAUGGACAAGACUCUACGAGUACUACGGUGCCCAUUAACGUCCAGGUGUUCCUUGGUUUUGGAUCAAACCUUACCAUUGAGCUAACAGACAUUCAUCUGAUUGGACCUUUGCUUACCUCUCCACCCCGUAUCUUACUGGAGUCAAACAUGGCCACUGUAACAGUUCCAGAGAAAGCAGCUAAUGCUAAGGUUGGGUUCCAGUCACUGGCUCUCAAGGUCCCCAACACUGAGACUGGUCUUUGUGAAGUUCUUAUUGCUAGGCAAGGGCUCUAUGGGAAAGUAAAGCUGGAGUGGAGCGCUGGGUAUCCCCCUGGGCAAAGCCCACCUGGAUUCCAACAAGGUCUUAUUAAACCAAGUUCAGGAAGUCUCUUGCUGGAACAUGGAGAGAAGAAUAAGGUAUUCUCUGUCACUGUGGUAGACAGCACGUCAUUAGAUUCGCUUGCAUAUGCUGUGCAUUUAACUGGUGCCUCCUCUGAUGCACCAGGGGGAGCCACACUCAGGCAUGGAUUCACUUUGGCUGAAAUUGAACCCAUGGGUAUAUUCCAGUUUGCCCCAGGCUCGCACAACCUUGUAACCACUGAGGACGUGCAAACUAUCACUCUGUACGUACAGCGACUUUUCGGCUUUCGCAGUAAGCAGUCUCAGGUCUCCUUUGAAAAUGCGGGCACUGCUCAAGCAGAGCAAGACUUUGUCCCCAUCUCCAUGGGCCGACUGCUGUUCCAUGCACAGCAGUCAUCCGCCAUGAUAAACAUCUCCGUAAUUGAUGAUUUACUGACAGAGCCCAGUGAGACAUUUUACGUCCACCUGACAGAAGCAAUAGAACUGGACGAAACAACCCCGCUGUUUUUGGUGGAUACAGGCCCCAGGGUGGACCAACAGAAUGCUAGAGUAAACAUCACCAUUUUGGACAAUGAUGCGGUGGGUGAAACUGCUGGAGUGCUCAGUAUUGACCCGCCACUGCUGCGUGUGACAGAGGACUGGACAGGCAGUCAGGGCGAGGAGCAGCAGGUCAUCCUGAUGGUGCAGAGAAGAGAAGGAUUGAAAGGAGCGAUAAGUGUAAAGGUUAGGGCCUAUGCUGUAGGUAGUGCUGUCGCCCAAUCCUUUUUCACCACUGAGCAGAAUCACACCUUGGCUCAGGAGGGACAGGAUUUUGAGCUGGAAACGGUCCUGGUGUCCCUGGUCGAGGGGCAGAGUGAGGCUGAAGUAAGUAUUCGGAUUCUCGAUGACGCAGAGCCAGAGGGUCAGGAGGUUUUUUUCAUCUACCUCAGUGAGCCAGAUGGAGGUGCUGAACUGGUGAGUGGGGUCCACCAGACUGGCCUGACUUCGUUCUCCAAAAUCAUCAUUCUGGGGAGUGAUAUUCAUAAUGGCAUUCUGGGAUUUAUGCUAAGUUCUCAGUUUGGACGUGUACUAGAUGAGGACUCAGAGAAUAGAACUGCCGUGCUUCUGCUCCAGAGGCAGGAAAACCGGGCCUUUGAGGAUGUGUUGGUAUCCUGGCGGGUGACAUUAAGCAUAAGCGGCUUGUCCCUUGUCAGCCAUGGGGUCAAUCUGACCAGCGAAUUGUUGCAGACCUCAGGCAGAGCUCUCUGCAAACAAGGAGAGGUCCUUUGUUCUAUAACUCUGGAAGUUAGGGCAGAUGAGGACCCAGAAGAACAAACUUGGUUCCUUGUGGAGAUAUAUGAGGUGGGGGAGGGGGCAGCCAUCAACCAGAGUGCCCGCUUUGCCAACAUCACCAUGUUGAGGAGUGAUGACCCACAGGGGCUUGUGUAUUUUCCUCUGGGCUCUCGGCUGCCAGUUGCUCACCUCAAGUCCGUACAACUGAGUCUUCAGGUCCAAAGAGACACUGCUGCAGACUCCGUUACAGUUCACUACCAUACGGAGACGCUGCAGAACGCAGAAGUAGUGGGACCCACACUCAUCUGGGCUGCAGUGGCAGGGCAGGAUUUUAUUUCGACAGAGGGGACACUAACCUUUACGGUGGGCCAGAAAACUGCCAGCUUUCAGCUGACACUGACCCCUAGCCAGGCCUCCUCCCACCCCACCCCGAAGCGCUUCAGGGUGAUUUUGUCAGAGGGGUCAGGUGCCAGAGUUCACCCACGGUAUGGGGUGUCCAACGUGACAAUAGUGUCAGAUGAGGAGACUCAGGCAAUAUGGGCACUGCUGGACCCUCUUACUCAACCACUCAGUCAGAAUCUCAUAGAUGAUACCCUGCAGAGCCUCAAUGACAGGGUGACCGCUGGUGAAAUCAGCCUUGAGCAGCUAACUGCAGUAAUGGCUGCACUGGACAAGAUUUUGUCUGAGGCUGAACAGAUUCCUCUCGAAGACAGCAGUCGGGGCUUGACCUAUGAACUCCUGUGUUCUCUAGCCCACCCAAGCCGCAGGGACACCCAUGGCAUGAGCCAACUGGCCAAGGUGGCUGAGCGCUUUGCCUUCUCCCUGGUGACAAACGUAGCCUGUGGCUCAGAGGGCCAGAGGGGAAGGACGGUUCUGGACAGCUGUCCAUACUUCACGCUGGCAGCGCAUCACUGGUACCCCACACAGAUAAAUGGCCACACUUUCACAGGCCGAGACAUGGACACCUUCACUAUCCCAGAGACACUACUUCAGGUGCCAGCCCUUCCGCUCAGUAGCUUGGCUCUGUCAGCCUGCCGUAAAGUGCAGUUCACAGAAUACAGCACUGAGCACUGGUUCAUCACAAACUCCAAAGUCAGUGCGUUGAAUGACAAGGUAUUUUCAGUUAGUCUGGCUGGACACAUUUCUCAGCCUCUUGCUGAUGGAAUUGAAGUAUUGUACCGCAUCCACACCCCAGAUCAGGUCACACCCCGCAACUCAAUUUGCCUCCUGUGGAAUGAGCAAGCCGAGAGCUGGCUAUCAGAUGAGAAGGUCUGCCGUGUUGUGGAUGACCGUGAGAAUUUUGUGGAGUGUGCUUGCUCCCACCUGUCUGUCUACACUGCAUAUGCUGAUAAAACCACCGUCAUUUCCUACAACGCAGCAUUUUACGCUAGUGGGUUUAUAUGCAUCUCUGGCUUUUCUUUGGCCAUUCUGUCACAUGCAUUGUGCUCCAGGUUCCCCAUGUUUGCUGUUAAACUCCUCACACACAUGAUGGUUGCCUGUCUUGGCACUCAGAUUUGUUUCCUUGUGUCAGUAUUCCGAGGGCAGAUGUUCACUGAGGACAGCUGUGCUACCCUGGGCCUGUUCUCUCACUACUUCCAUCUCAGCCAGUUCAGCUGGAUGCUUAUACAGGCAAUUAACUUCUGGCUGACCCUAGUGAUGAAUGAUGAACACACAGACAGACGUUAUCUUCUGUUCAUCCUCCUGAGCUGGGGACUUCCGGCACUGGUCAUCAUCAUACUAGUCAUUGUGCUUCUGGGAGGAUACGGUUGGAGUAUCCAUGACGUGUACGGACUUGUUAAUGGACAUCUGUGUUUCAUCCCUAAUGUAUACGCUGCACUCUGCUCGGCUGCUUUGGUUCCGCUCAUCUGUCUGGUGGGCGUGCUGGUGGUCUUUGCCCACGCCUAUCAGGUCACUCAGCAGUGGAAGGCAUACGAUGACAUCUACAGAGGCCGCACCAACAGCUCAGAGAUUCCCAUGGUCCUCCAUCUGUUUGCACUGGUCUCUGUGGUGUGGCUGUGGGCAGGACUGCAUAUGGCUUACAGACAUUUCUGGAUGCAGAUUCUUUAUAUCAUCUUCAACAUCUUGCUGGGUCUAUAUGUGUUUACAGUUUAUUUCAUGCUGCACAACCAGCUAUGUUGGCCCACUAAAGCCAGUUACACAGUGGAAAUGAACGGCCACCACAGGACCACCUCCACUUACUCAGGCACCGGUGCAGUUACAGUGACCAGUGAGAUCAGUAAAUCCACCCAGAACCUCAUCAGUGCCAUGGAGGAGUUAUCUGCUGACUGGGAGCAGGCAUCCCUGAGGCGUGGCAGUCAUCUUGGCAGUACAUACCCAUCAGGAUUGCCAAGCCAGCCAUACCAUGGAGAUCAAGAAUUACUUAACGCCCUCACAGCUGAUGAGGAGUCACAGGACUUUGAUGACCUUAUAUUUGCCUUAAAGACUGGCUCUGGCCUUAACAUCAAUGAUGAUGAAUCCCUCCAGGGGAGCCAUGACGACACCACCACAGAGUCCCAGAUCGUUGAGCUACGACGUAUCCCAAUAGCAGACACGCACCUUUAA